AUGAGUGCUGCCUGCGGCCAGCGGGAGAGCUGUGCGUCAGGUAGAUGCCGCAGUACUCGCAGUAAAACUUCGGCAUUGUGUAUCGCUCGAGCAGGGCUACCAUAUCGCUACCCUACCGAGCGCGUCCACGAUGAUAUCGGACACGCCAAAGAAGUCGACCUUCCUGGUCAGAAUCAAGAGGAAGUUUGCCACCGCGAAGCGGGCGGUCGUAAGGUUAACGAAGAAGACGAUUUCGUACAUCGGCUGGGUGCUGUGGAUAGCGGGAACGUCGGCGGUGACCCUCGUCGGCCCGGUGAUGUUCCACUACGACAAGGAGUGCCAGCUUCUCGAGAUGCAACACCAGAUGCUGCAGGCGCAGCAAGCUGCAAAUGCGCCCAUGUUGAACUAACUGGCGGCAGCUACCAGCCGCGCUCUAUCGGUGAACAGUAA